GCUUUGCCACUUUGCGUUUUUCUCAUGACGUGUCGGCGAGUUUAGUUUAUUUAAUACAAAACAACGCAGGGAUAAUCUAAUUUGGUAACAAAAUGCGCAAUCAAUACAUCUGCCUAGCGCUGCUGCUGUGCGCAAUACAAAGUGCCUGUGGUUUGUACUUUCACAUAUCCGAAACGGAGCGCAAGUGCUUUAUUGAAGAAGUGCCUGAUGAGACAACUGUAAUUGUCAAUUACAAGGUGGAACUGUAUGAUCCGCGCUCCAAUGGUUUUAUGCCCUCGUCCCCGGGCAUUGGCAUGCAUGUGGAAGUGCGUGACAGCGAUGACAAGGUGAUACUCUCUCGCGUAUAUAGUUCACAGGGCCGUAUUUCGUUUACAUCGCACACGCCCGGCGAGCAUGUCAUCUGCAUGUACUCCAACAGCACUGCCUGGUUCAAUGGUGCUCAGCUGCGUGUGCACUUGGAUAUACAAGUGGGAGAGCAUGCCAUAGACUAUGCCAAUGUGGCGCAAAAGGAAAAACUGACUGAGCUGCAGCUACGCAUACGUCAACUGCUGGAUCAGGUGGAGCAGAUUACCAAGGAGCAGAACUAUCAACGUUAUCGCGAAGAGCGUUUCCGUCACACCAGCGAAAGCACGAACUCGCGCGUCCUGUGGUGGUCCCUGGCACAGACUAUUGUGUUGGUGUGCAUGGGCUUCUGGCAGAUGCGUCAUCUAAAGAGCUUCUUCGAGGCCAAGAAGCUGGUGUGAGGCAGCGCUUGCCAUCAUCAUUCACAUCAUUCAUCUCGCUCUGUAUGCGGCCAAAUUACGAAUAUGAAUUUCCACGUUGUAUCAUACAGAGCUGUUUUUAGUUAUAAUUAUAAAGUUGGUUUCGUGUGCCGCGCUAAAUACUUUUUCUGUCUAAUUUAAUAAAAUCCAUUG